GUGGAAGGGCCGCGGCCUGCCUCGGAAGGAGGGAGAGCGGAGCGGAGCGGACCGGGAGGCGCCGCCGUUGCCACCGCCCAGCGCAGCCCCGCCGAGCCGCCAUGAGUGACCAGCAGCUGGAUUGUGCCUUGGAUUUGAUGAGGCGUCUGCCUCCACAGCAGAUAGAGAAGAAUCUCAGUGACCUCAUUGACUUGGUCCCAAGCCUCUGUGAAGAUCUCCUCUCUUCUGUUGAUCAGCCAUUGAAGAUUGCACGAGAUAAGGUGGUAGGAAAAGACUAUCUAUUGUGUGACUACAACAGAGAUGGAGACUCGUAUAGAUCACCGUGGAGUAACAAGUAUGAUCCUCCCCUGGAAGACGGUGCCAUGCCAUCUGCUCGCCUGCGCAAGCUGGAGGUGGAAGCCAACAAUGCCUUUGACCAGUAUAGAGACUUGUAUUUCGAAGGUGGAGUCUCCUCUGUCUACCUCUGGGAUCUGGAUCAUGGUUUUGCCGGCGUGAUCCUCAUUAAGAAAGCUGGAGAUGGAUCAAAGAAGAUUAAGGGAUGCUGGGAUUCCAUCCACGUGGUGGAGGUUCAGGAGAAAUCCAGCGGUCGUACUGCUCAUUACAAGCUGACCUCCACAGUGAUGCUGUGGCUGCAGACUAAUAAAACUGGUUCUGGUACCAUGAACCUUGGCGGGAGCCUCACCAGACAGAUGGAGAAAGAUGAGACUGUGAGCGACUCUUCUCCACACAUAGCCAAUAUUGGACGCUUGGUAGAGGACAUGGAAAACAAAAUCAGAAGUACACUGAAUGAGAUUUAUUUUGGUAAAACAAAGGACAUCGUGAAUGGGCUGAGGUCUGUGCAGACUUUUGCAGACAAAUCAAAACAAGAAGCUCUUAAAAAUGACCUGGUGGAGGCUUUGAAGAGAAAGCAGCAAAGUUAAAGUACUCUCCGUGCUAACAAGACAUGCCAUGCACUCGUUAGAUUCCUUUCUUAGAAAACUCAUCCCCUGACCUUUUCUGUUACGUCACGUCACGAUUUGCAUUCAAUACUAUUCAUGCAACGCCAUCUUCUCCCCAUGAAUAAAGCUGUACAAACUUU